AUGAAAAGAACAUGGUUAGUUAAAACAGCAACAAAAGCAGCCGCAACUAAAAUUACAAAAACUGGAAAAUUAUUAAAAAUGCAACAAUUUAUGUUUUUAAUGAUUUUAAUGGUCAUUAUUAAUGCUGCCAUAAUUUCAGCUAAAUCGCCCGAUGAGGAAGCUUUGGAGAAACGCUUAACAGAAAUUCGCAAAAAAUGCAUUAAAUCCUCCACUCUUACCAAAGAACAAGCCAAAUUAAUUUACACCCACAAACUAUUUACCAAAGACACUACUUUGGCCAAUACCGCCAAACCGGUGCAGUGCUAUUGUUUGUGUUAUUUACAGGAAUUUGGUAUUUUUGUGGAAGAUAAACCAAAUGAGAAAUUUUUACGUCAAAAUCUGCCAGCUUUGAUAAAUGACAAAAAGAAGGCCGAUGCUGUUUUGGACAAGUGCAUGAAAUUGGAGGGUGAGGACAAAUGUGCCAUUGGCUUCAAUUUCGAGUUGUGUCUGGUCAAAGAGACAGGUCUAUAUAUUUACUAA